CGAUCCUCACUUAAUCAACCGCGUGCGUCACAUCUAAUCAGGGCAAAUCGUAAGAAUUUAUCGAGCCACUAAAACCCAUUUAAAGGCUACGCUUGUCAGCGACCACUAAGUGUGCAAUUGGAUCCUCGCGUUCACUCCGUAAGCACUCCCUAAGUCAGCAGUCGGUAGUGUGAUCAGCGUCAAUUCUCCAAGUGCUUGCACAUACUAGAUACCGAACUUAUUUUCCACGUUCCGACAGCUGUUGCUGCUGCUGGCUGCUCAUUACCGUCGUCGUGGAGUGGCGAAGAAUAAAUCUAAGAUAGCAGACGGUGGUGAAUCAAACGAGUUGUAUUUUCCGCAGCAUCAGCUCAAAUUUCCUCCCGAUCACAUAGCGUACUCUAUGGGAAACGGGGAUUCACUCGCUUACUGACUGCUGCAAACAUAUGUUGAACCAUUUGGUGAAGAAUCGUUUCUUUGGCGAAUUUAGUGAAAACAAAAUUAUUUCUCAAGAAAAUUAGAAUCGCAGUAGUCGACGCGCCGUGCCGUUGAUCAGAAAAAAAGGCGCGCAGAGCGCCGUCUAUUUUCGAUCAAAGGUGGCCACGACCACGUUCCAAGCAUAUAUCGUUUCGCAUAACGUAUGCGCGAAGUCGUUGGAACGUCUUUCUUUCCGAACAAACAAGUUUAUUUGGUGGAAAGCAGCGUAGCGAUUUGUAUUUUUUUUUCGGGGUGCAGGAAAAGUAGUCUUUCGAUUGCCGUUGUCAUGACCACCACUAUCGAAAUCGGAGUGCUGUUGUUGAUCGUCUCGACGAUAACAGUAGUCGAUUCACGGGCCACUCGAUCAAUUGCGAAAGGUGGCGACGAAGCAAACUGUGAUCUACCGGGCGAAACAGGUAGUGGUAGUGUUGUCGGAACCUGUCAAAGUGUCGACGCCUGCUUAGCUUACCGUCGGUUAAUGAAUGAUAGUGACUUCAAUUCAUUGCUAUCGGAUCGGAUCGAUUUUCAAGUAAAAGUUCGUUGCGGGAAGCACGAUGGCUCGGAAGUUUGCUGUCCUCCGGAGGGAGAAUCGUAUCGAUCGUUGUUUGAAGAAUCUGACGUCCAGGUCAGACCAUUUGUGGAGCAACAGGAUGAGCAGUGUGGAUAUCAGGCGUUCGGGUUUCGCAUUCUAGGUGGCAAAUUGGCAUCGAUCGACGAGUUCCCCUGGACGGCUAUGUUGUUGCGUCAAGAGACUUUAUCUCGAAGUCUGCUUUACCAUUGUGGAGGCGCGCUUAUUAGUCGGACGUUUGUACUAACGGCGGCACAUUGCGUCGUGGAUGAAACGGGAAGAGCAGCCAAGGGGCAGAAUCAGAUCAAAACCGUGCGCCUGCGUGAGUACAACACCUACACCGAUCCCGAUUGCGUCAUCGAGGGUGGCUACAUGGACUGUGCCGAGGAAAAGUUGGAUCUCCCGCCGUUGCGCAUAAUUCCACAUCCGGACUUCAACCCGACCGGCAAGCUGCACGACAUAUCCUUGAUACAGAUCGACCCUGUGCCACCCUAUUCGGACUUCAUACGGCCGAUUUGUCUCCCUGAGCGGACGCUAGAAAACGGAGUGGGAGAAAAUAAGAAGUUCAGCGUAGCAGGCUGGGGAAAAACCAACUUCUUUUCGAAUCAACCGAUCUCGUCCAGUUCUAGUCCCGUAAAGAUGAAGGUGGUGUUGCCGUUUGUGGGUUUAGAACGGUGCCGUCGGAUUUACCGGAACAUGAAUGUUCAUUUGCAGGAAAGUCACAUCUGUGCCGGAGGUCACAAACUGAAAGAUUCCUGCGCCGGCGAUAGCGGAUCUCCUUUGAUGUACUACGACUAUCUGAGCUCGUUUUGGGUGCUCACUGGAGUGGCUAGCUUCGGAGUGAAGGACUGUGGCCGUGAGGGAGUCCCCGGUGUUUACACCAAUGUGCGGGAAUACCUGACGUGGAUCAAAGAGACAAUAAAAGUUAGAGACAGUAUGUUGCGAUUUGUGAUUACGGUUACGAUUUUAACGAUCGCGCCAGUUCGUAGUGGUGAAGAUCGGGGUCCAAUUUGGGAAGUCGUAACAAAAUGUCAGAUACCGGGUGAAUCGGUUGAAGGCAUUUGUCGCAAACCGGCCAACUGUCCCGCCUAUGGACGGAUAAGUGAACUGGAUAGUGCAUAUUCGAUCGGACGGUUGAGUUUUAUUCAGCAGUUGCAAUGCUCGGGGAUGUCUGAAGGGGAAAUUUGUUGUACUCAAGCUGGAAACGAUUAUAUCAAUCCUUCAUUGAAUGAAAGUGUACCAAUAAGGCCUCGAGGUGAUGUAAUUUCUAUCGGAAUGAGAAGUGGCUUCGCUCAUUGUGGUCUCCAGACUCCCGGAAUAAGAGUUUUUGGCGGAGAAAUUGCUUCUAUCGACGACUUUCCCUGGAUGGCAAUGCUUCUGUAUCAAGAUCCCAGGGAAAAGGAACCUCAGCCGGGAUGCGGAGGCGCCAUUAUCAGUACGUCAUUUGUUGUGACUGCAGCACACUGCCUGGUUGGGCCGAUCAUCGAAAGAAAAGGCAACCUGAAAUUGGUCCGAUUAGGAGAGUAUGACAUUAAUAGGGAUCCAGACUGCAUGGUGGUUGGAAAGUUAAAGGAUUGCACGUACGGUAAAGUGGACAUACAACCCAAACGAAUUGUUCCACACCCGGACUACGUACCGACUUCACAACACCAGCACAACGAUAUAGGGUUAAUUCAGCUAAGUCAACCUGUGGAAUACACGGACUUCAUCCAACCUAUCUGCCUACCGGAUGCUUCAUCUAGUAUCGAUUCCUACCGCGGGGUGCAGCUCAGUGUGUGCGGUUGGGGUAGAACAAACUUUUUCCGACAGCAGACAGCGCCCAGCAUGCCCAGUCCUAUCAAGUUGAAGGUGCACUUACCGUACUUCGAUCACAAGAGUUGCAAGGAGAUCUUUCAGCCCAAGUUGAACCUAAAUAAUGGGCAAAUUUGUGCCGGCGGUAAGAAAGAAAAGGACUCGUGUGCUGGAGACAGCGGUUCACCGCUCAUGUACUACGAUACUCAGCGAGGAACUUGGCGACUGGUAGGAAUUGUAAGUCAGGGAGUUCAAAAGUGCGGCUCGGAGGGCAAGCCCGGUAUUUAUACCAAUGUCCGUGAAUACGUCUCGUGGAUCGAGAAAAAUAGCAAAACUUAACAUUUAGUAGAAAAUAAAUAAAAAGUUCAGAAGUUCGGAUGAUUUGUAGUAAAAUUUGUUUUUUGUUUGUGUUAAAUCGGCCAUUUUUUUUCUAACUUGAGAAACCAGUGCAGUGCAGUGUAGAAGCUUGAACAAGCUACUGAUGUUUAAAGAAUUAUCGAUUUCGGACAGCCGCAGAAAAAGAAGGGGGUAGUUGGCUUAGUAACGGACGAUUAAAACUGAAACUUUUAUAAUUUUGCCAUCAAAAAUGUUAUUAACAAUUCUCAUGCUGGACUUUGAUUUGGUCCUGGAUCCUGAGGUAAUCUCAGAAACUGAUCCUCAGCGAAACUUUUUUUUGUGGAGAAAUGAAUCCAACUGCGUAAGUUAAAAUUUCAUGGAAAAGAUUUGAUGAAUCCUACAUCCUGAACCUGAUCCCAAUCCUUAAAGCUAUACCCUAAUCUGGAUUCUAAAUCCUUUCCCUUGAUCUUGAUCCGGGUCUAAAUCUAAAUCUUUAUCCAGCAUACCGAUACUGAACCAUGAUCGCGUAUCCUGGUGGAUCCUGAUUAAGAAUCUUGGAACCUACAAUAGUUAAAAGUUUUUCCGAAUUAAUUGAAAAUUCUAGGGGAAUUGAGGGUAAAAACAGCCAUAACUACAUUUUCGAAAGCGUACGGUGGAGAAAAUAGCCUUCAUUCGAUUUCUCGGAAUAAAAUCACACUAUUUAAAUAGGUCUGAUCCAACAUUUUUCAGUCAGAACAUGCUAUAUCUUAACUUUAUCGAAGAAGUUGAGAAAUUAAGGGUAAAAUUACCAUUACUCGGAUUUCAGAUGCGUGCGGUGGCUCUAACAACCUUAAUUCGAUUCCUCGGAAAAAAAAUCACACAAGAUAGGUCUCAUUUGAUUCAAUAUUUCGAAGUCCGAGCUCGUUUCUUUCUGAAUAAAUUGAAAAAUGAGGGGAAUUGAGGGUAAAACAGUCCAUUUUCCAAAGCCGGUAGUAGCUCAAAUAGCCAUCAUUUGAUUCUUCGGAGAAAAAAUCACACACGAUAGAUCUAUUUUUGUUCAACAAUUUCUCGUUCAAAUCAAUGUGUUUCUGGAUUGUUUACAAAAUAUAAGGGAAUUAGAGGUUAAAAAGGCACUUUAACCACUGAUCAUACUGACAGGACACUUAGAACAAAAAUUCGAUCAUUUUCUGGCUAAUUUUUUUCGUCAAAUUAAGCAGGUUCGCAAUACCGACGGCAGGUGGCGAACCUACAAUUUUUCCAAUAGAAAUGCCCUGUAGGAAAAAUGUACCUCUUUUGCACGAUUUUAUUGUCUAAAUUGCCUGUUUUUUUUGCGAAAGUCGGAUGGCACUUUCUAACUGGGAUAGCAUUUCUUCAAAUCGAUCAAUACGCAAUCUGGAAUCGAUAUUGCGUACUGUUGGAAAUAUUAUCCAAAAAACGAAAUCGAAUGUCCAGUCAGUAUGGUCAGUGCUAUAACUCCGUUCGUAAACUUGUGCAGGCGUAUGAAAAUAUGUCCAAUCGAUUCUCCGGAUAUUUUUACUAAAGGGAGGUAUAUUUUCAUACAUGUGGUCUGAAAAGGAACCUUCUCAUGAUUCUGAAUUGGUGAUUGGAGAUACUAAAGCCGGACUUAACCCACAAUCCUUCAAUGGAUCACUUGAUGACCUGUCCGAUCCCCCCAAAAAUCCCUAAUAAUAGAGUGAAGCUAGUUAAUAUUUAGUCACUAAGAAUCUCGUUGUUUUUAAAAUAAGUAAAAAUACUUAGCUUCGUGAUAUGUA